CGGCGCCGGCAGGGCCGGGGUCCAAGAUGGCGUCGGGGCCGCCUCCGUCGGCCGCGAAGCUGUACCGGCCCAACGCCUACGUCUCGCUGCCCGCCGAGCUCGACCCCGACACCUACGAUGCGUCGCCGGAGAAGCGCCGCGCCGAGGCCGAGCGCCUGGCCAUCCGCGCCCGGCUCAAGCGGCAGUACCAGCUGCAGCUCAACAACCCCAACCCGCCCGCCGUCAUCGAAGACCCCGCCAUGAUCCGCUGGGUCUAUGCGAGGACGCACAACGUGUACCCUAAUUUCCGCCCAACCCCCAAGACGUCCUUUCUAGGAGCUGUUUGUGCGAUAGGCCCCAUCCUCUUCUGGAUCGCUGUCUUCAAACUUGACAGGGACCAUAAAGAGAAGCUUAUCAAAGAAGGUAAAUUCGAGCGGCCAUUCAGUGUAUUCUGAGUUCCUGGAAUUGCAGUGAUGUUCAUGGAAUAUAAAUAAAAUAAGAUAUAUUAUGUGCUGACGUUUCUCCUUCAUAAGAAUAAAUCUUAAUUGCUUGUUG